AUUGUGGCUAGCCAACAUGUCCGCUGUGUGGAAAUAUUUCACACUGGAAACACUGCAGAGCAAGACAGCAAAAUGCAACGUUUGCAAAGCAGUUAUUCAAAGAGGCGGAAGCUCCCUCGCGUCUUACAACACAACUAACGCAAUCAAACACUUAAAAAAGCACCACGUUAAAGAGCACAAGGAUUUUUUAGCCAGUCGGCAGAAAGACAACGGGAGCCGUCAGGAAUCACUUCUGGAGUCAUUCCAGAAGCAAGGUAAACUCCAGGCAGACAACGUAAAGGCUAAAGGGAUUACCAAGAAGAUGCUCAACUUCACCUUACUCGACCAACCGUUAUCCAUGGUGGAAAACGUUGGAUUUCGCAGCCUGAUUGAACACUUGCAGCCACGGUAUGGUUUAACAUCCUGGAGAUAUUUAUCAGAGACAGCGCUACCUGAACUAUACAGCCGAGUGUCAACCAAGUUAGCUGAGAAGUUGAAAGGAGUUCCAGCCGUGAGCUUUACUACAGAUAUUUGGACUUCAGAUGUUUGCCCAAUGUCGCUGAUAAGCCUCACAGUGCACUGGGUUGACUCAGAUACACAUGCCCUCUGUAGUGCGGUGCUUCAGGUAAAAAAGUGCAGGGGUUCACACAACUGAGCUACAAUCGCAGCCUCCAUUACAGAGAUGUUAAAUCAAUGGGAGAUCACUCUGGAAAAAGUGCUUGCCAUUCUACGGGAAAAUGCACGUAAUAUGAAGGCUGCGAUGGAAGACUUGGCAGUUCCUAAUUUGGGCAGUUUUACUCACCCGCUGCAGCUCGUUGUGCACGAGGGACUAAUGUCACAACGCAGCGUUAGUGAUGCAUUAGCAAACAGCACGAAGAUCGUUGCACAUUUCAAGCAUUCACAACUCGCACAGUCUUGCUUGGAAGACCUGCAGCAUGAAAUGCAAGGUGCGGGAACCACGACCACCCCAACUCGUCUUGUUCAAGUUGUUCAAACAAGAUGGAACAGCUCCUUCUAUAUGAUCAAAAGUCUUCUGAAAGAGAAGCGACCUCUCUGUGCAUAUGCUGCCGACCACAACUUGCCGGCAACACUGUCAGCAAACGAGUGGGGUUUGCUGGAAAAAACAGUAACAGUGCUGGAGCCCUUUGAGGAGUUAACCAGGAAAAUCAGCUCAGCGAACUCCACUGCAGCCGACGUAAUCCCAGCCAUCACCGUUUUAACAUGCCUGCUCGCCAAGGAGAACGGUACGGACAGCGGCAUCAAAACAAUGAAAAGCACGCUCCUCCAGGCUGUCAGCAGGCGAUUCAGCAGCAUCGAAAGUGAACCCCUCUACGCUGUUGCCACUUUAGUGAACGCUCGAUACAAGGAUAGGUUCUUUAUGGGUGAAACUGCCAGGAGGGCGAAGGCUCUCCUGACACAAGAGCUUGAGAAGAUGGAGCAAGCACUGCUCAGGGCAUCAGCUGAUGAAGCAGGGGCAACAGAGGCAGAGCCAGCAGAAAAGGUCGCUCGCAUAGAAGCUGGUCCAAGUACUAGUUCUCCUACAAGCACAACCUGCCUCGAGCUCCGACUGUUGCCAUUGCCACCAGCUGUGACCCAGGCCCCCAGGAAGUGUGCUGUGCUUUCAAGCAAAUUGAACAUAGUGGCCAAAAGGUGGAAUUGCAACUCCCGUCCUGUCACGUGA